AUUACAAUGACAAAGUAGGAUGCAUCGAUAUCAUAACCAAAAAGGAUGGAAGUAACAGUCUUCAAAUUUUGUGGAACGAAAAUUAGAUACGUCAAACAAACACCACUCUGCAUGAAAGCAAUUCCAAUCUUUACAAAUGUUUCUCCUGUGGUUCCCAGCGCACGAUGCGCCAAUUCCGGAUAGGAAAGAACGGUUCUCUUCUCUGUGAGGUUCUCGGCGCCGUUUGACUUUGCGCUCUCGAGUUUCCAGGCAUCCAAAAGGCAGGCACUGCUGCUAAGAAAUAGAAACGUCGACAGAAUCAAACAAGGAAUGGCAAAUAUCCACCCGGCCUUUGCAAACCCGUGCGGGAGGUAUAAAAUCGCCGGUCCAACCAUUCCCUUGAUGAUUCCUAGCACGGCAGAUGUCAGAUCGCCACCUUUGGGUGGGGGAUGCGCCUCAGCUUCUCCAGCGGUAUCUUCGUGCCACCGGGGAGGACGUCCCAUCAACUCUUUUCCCUCCUCGUCGUCAUCGGGAUGGUAGUGUGAUGUGUACACCUGUCUCAGGCGCACAUGCGUGAACCCGUGAUCGAGAAAGCGCACAUUGAAAAAUUCUGUAAGGGAAGAGAGAGGGGUAUUUACUACCUCUCGAACCUGGCGACGAGGUUGGCGUUGCUGCUGCAAUCCAAAUUCUUUCGCCAUUUCUGCCAAGCGACCAUUGUCCUCUCCUGCCGAAUACGACUGCAUGUA